AUGCCCCUGGCUCCUGUCAGCAGCCCCUGCUCCAUGUCCCUGGAGAAGUUUGACAUUGUUGUCACCUGGGCUCUAUAUCUGAGGCUUAUGCCCAACAAUUACCAGAAUGUUGUAGCCUUCAUUUUUGCCAUUGAAGAGAUCCACAGGAAUCCUGAUCUUUUACCCAAGGUAUCUCUGGGAUAUGAUUACCAUAAUUUACUUUACAGUUACUGGAAAUUAUUAGAGAGUGUCCUCAUGUUGUACACAGGACAAAAAGAGACACCUAACUAUAGCUGUGGGAGAGAGACUAAGUCCAUAGCAUUGCUAACAGGAUCACCAUGGGUAAUUUCUUCUCAAAUUGGACCAUUGCUGGAACUCUACAAAUUUCCACAGCUUACCUUUGGCACUUUUGAUCCUGAGUUCAGUGAAAAUGGCCAGUUUCCUUCUCUCCAUCAGAUGGCUCCAAAGGAUGCAUUUCUGGCCCUUGGAAUGGUUUCCUUGAUGCUUCAUUUCACCUGGACCUGGGUGAGACUGAUCAUUACAGAAAGCCAGAAUGGUUUUUGGUUUCUCUCAGAUGUGAGGGGAGAGAUGGACAGGAAUGGAGUUUGUGUACCAUUUGUAAAAAUGAUUGCAAAUGCUUUUGUAUCCUACCUCUCAGUUACAAUGCUGCAAGAUUUCCUGACUAGGGAAAUGCCACCAGUAAAUGUGGUUAUUAUUUACUAUGAUACUGAUAGUCUAAAUCAUAUCAACUAUCAGAUAGGGGUACAUUUAGUGACAUGGAGAGUCUGGGUCACAAACUCUCAAUGGCAUGCUGACAUGGCUGGGAGAAAUUUCAUCCUUGAUUCAUUCCAUGGGACUCUCAUUCUUUCACACCACCAUGAUGAAAUGUCUGGUUUUAAUAAGUUUAUCCAGAUAGCUACCCCCUUCAAAUACCCAGAAGACACUUUUCUCACUCUGUAUUGGUUCCAGAAUUUCCACUGCUCAUUCUCUGAUUCUGACUGUUCACUGAAGGACUGUACACCUAAUGCUUCUCUGGCAUGGCUCCCUCAUCCUUUUCAGCUACAUCCCUUCCUGAAGAACCUCUGGCUGAAAAAUUCCACUGGAGAACUAGGGAACUUAGACAUGAAAAAUAAAAUGGAUGAAAAGUAUGAUAUUCUCAACUUGUGGAAUUUUCCAGAAGGCCUGAGACUUAGGGUGAAAAUUGGAGGGUUUUCCCCUCAUGCUCCACUUGGUCAACAGCUGUCUGUGUCUGAGGAGGUGAUGGAGUGGGCUGCAGGAAUUACUGAGACUCCGCGCUCUGUAUGCAGUGAGAGCUGCAGUCCUGGAUUCAGGAAAUCCCCUCAGGAGGGAAAGCCUGCCUGUUGUUUUGAUUGCACCCCUUGCCCAGAGAAUGAGAUUGCCAAUGGCACUGACAUGGAGCAGUGUGUGAUGUGUCCAGACCAUCAGUAUGCCAGCAUUCAGAGAAACCACUGCCUCAAGAAGUCUAUGACUUUUCUGGACUAUGCAGACCCCUUGGGGAAAACACUGGGAGGAUCAACCCUGAGCUUCACUAUUAUCGCAGCUCUUGUUCUUAGCCUAUUUGUGAAGCACCAAGACACUGCUAUUGUCAAGGUCAACAACCGGACUCUCAGUUACAUCCUGCUCAUCUCUCUCACCUUCUAUUUCCUCUGCUUCUUUCUCUUCAUUGGCCAUCCCAACACAGCCACCAGUAUCCUCCAGCAGACUGCAUUUGGAGUUGUGUUCACUGUGGCUGUUUCCACUGUAUUGACCAAAAUUAUCACUGUGGUUCUUGCCUUUAAGAUCACUGCUCCUGGCAGAAGGAUGAGGCAGUUGCUAGUAUCGGGGGCACCUAACUACAUCAUCCCCAUCUGCUCCCUGAUCCAACUCACUCUCUGUGAAAUCUGGAUGGGAACAAAUCCACCCUACAUAGGCACAGAUGCUCACUCUGAACAUGGCCAUAUCAUCAUUGUGUGCAGCAAGGGCUCACUCACUGCCUUCUACUGUGUCCUGGGAUACCUAGGCUCCCUAGCCCUGGUGAGCUUCACUGUGGCUUUCCUGGCCAGGAACCUGUCUGAAACCUUCAAUGAAGCCAAGUUCCUGACCUUCAGCAUGCCAGUGUUCUGCAGUGUGUGGAUCACCUUCCUGCCUGUCUACCACAGCACCAAGGGGAAAGUCAUGGUGGCCAUGGAGGUCUUCUCUAUCUUGGCCUCCAGUGCAGGGCUGCUGGGCUGCAGCUUUGGUCCCAAGUGCUACAAUAUUUUGUUAAGGCCAGAAAGAAAUUCUUUGCAUGGAUUUAGACAUAAAGCACAUCCUGGAAGAAAGAAGCCUUCUUAA